GCACUAUUGGUGUCCUCUGCGAGAGAGCACUGAUAGGGGGCUGGCUGUAAAUUGACGUGGCAUGGAAAAUCUCUGCUAGCUUGUAGCAGUUUUAACGUUGCUGCAGAAAUCAAGCCUACUCGAACUAAGUUUAUGGCUUGAAAUCAUGAUGGAUUUGCUAUUUAUAUAUAAAAAAUGAAUGGGAAGUGCCUCCACUUUUUGUUUCGGGAGACAGACUUUUUCUGUAUUUGGAUUUACAGCUCAUAGAAAACAAAAUCAAAGGGAAUCUCUUGGUUACUGUUUUUUGGUGGGUUUUUUUGUUUUGUUUUUAGUGAGAGCAGCAGAUCUCGUUGCUCCCCCCCUCCUUCUCCUGCGAUUUAAUCACUUGCAGAUCUUACCAUGGGGUGCGGACUGAGAAAGCUGGAAGACCCAGAUGAUAGCAGCCCUGGAAAAAUUUUUUCUACAUUGAAGCGACCACAAGUUGAAACAAAGACUGAUUCUGCUUAUGAAUAUGUGUUGCUGGAUUUUACUUUAGAAGCUUCCUCUAAUCCAGAAGUUAUCAGGAUCAGUUCUGUGUUGGAUAUAGCAUCUAAGGUAGAAGAAUAUUACAACAAAGGAUAUGUUGUAGGAGCUGUUCAUCCUAUUCUGCUGCCAAUUGGACAUAGAAGAAAUUUCCCUGCAAGUCACAUGUAUCGGGUGGUACUUUCACGAUUAAAAUUAAGCCAGAAGCAUGCAGCACCCAGAGGACAAAGGAACCCCAGGCUAGUGAUUGAGGAAUGUCCUUUAACAUGUGAAACACUGACAAAUGAGGUAGUGAAAGAACUGUUAGAAAAGGUUAAUGAAACAGCUAAAAGAGGAAGGAAGUUUGUGGGAUUUGUAACACAACAUUUUCCUCAAAUUAAAGCCUGUAAUGGAGCAAGCACAGAUGGGAAUGCAGAGCUGGAAUCGACGCUGGGCAGAAGAAAUAGGGAACACAGAAGAAAAAGUUCCGAUGAUGACUAUAGAAACUGGAAUGAAAAGUCACUGUGUGAUAACCUAUCUGAGAGUGGGAAUGAAGAGGAAAUGCAAGCAGAUAGCGGACUGUUACAGGAUGCAGAUUUCCAGUUUGGAAAAGAAGUCAGCCCUAUUAAACCACGAAAAGGAAAUGACAAGCUUUAUACAGUCUUCAAUGUUUUUGAUGAUGACUCUACCUGCUGGACCUAUCAUGAAGGCACCUUGUCCAUGAAAGUAACAAGAAAGGGACCAGUUAUCAGUACACUGGAAGCAGACUGGCUAGAACUAACCACAUUUUAUUACAAACAAGGAUUAUCUUUAAUUGAUUCUUUUGUACACUGGGAAAUUUCUAAAGGCGACCAUUUGCCCAGAUCUUUAGAAGGAUUAUUUAUCUAUGAAGAAGAAGGUUCUGGGGUUCCAGGUUCCAGCAGGAAAGGAAAUGAUGCAAUUGUUGUUGAACAAUGGACAGUCAUUGAGGGGUGUGAAGUGAAAACAGAUUAUGGACCUCUACUGAACACGUUGGCUGAGUUUGGAUGGCUCCUGACCUGUGUGCUGCCUACACCUAUUGUACGACAUGACAGUGAAGGAAAUCUGGCCACAAAGCAAGUUGUUUUUCUUCAGAGACCUGUUGUAUGGAAUUCUGCUGUCCAGACACCAGAGAAGAAAUCCUUGAAGCAAGUUACUGGGGAGGAAAAAGGCAAAGCUGCUAGCAGAAGUGUUGGAUUAGACCCUGCUCCUUCUCACCCUGUAGAAAUUGGACAACCACCUGAUGAGUUUCACCUGUCUCCUUCUAAACAAUGCUGUGUCAAAGAGGCCUCCUCCCACUAUGGGGGUUUCUCAGGCUUCGGUAGCAGCGAUGGAGCAUUAAGGGAGCUGGAUGAUGGACAAUUUGACCAGGAAGAUGGAGUCACUCAGGUCACAUGUAUGUGAUCAAGUAAGUAACUGCAUCAGAUGGACGUGUACAUAAUUCACACAAGUGUAAAACAGUGUACUUCUUUCAUUGCAUUGGUGUAAGCUUACGACUUUUCCCAGACUCAUUUUGUGUUGGUGUCUGUUUCUUUGUUAUGCUAAUCCUACUGUAGUAAUAAUACUACUGCAAAAUAAUUCGGCUUCCUGUCUGUCUUCAGUAGAAUAACUACCUAAAUGGGUGCUCUGCUGCUUGUUGUUAAUAUUUUUAAUAAAUAGGAAAACAGAAGCUGCAAAAAAAGAAAAAGAAAUGACAUUUUGUGCUCUGUAAGAGAGAAAGGAAUGUGGAUGCUGAGCAUUUUCCACAAGCUGGAGGACUGGUUAUUGCCUGUUUUUUUUAAUUACUGUUUUUUAAGACUUGUAAAUAUGAGGGGGGGGGGAAGAAUUAUCUGCAUUUUGUUAUGUUUUCACUUUACUUUUCACUUGCUCUGCCUGAACUCAAAAGCCUGGAGAAAUGCAAGUCGUAUGCUAUAGAGGGUUGAUUUAAGCUGUCUUCAGCCUGCUAUGUACAGAAGAUUUCUGAAGGCUGUAGGCAGACGUUGGUUCUUGUAAUACAAUCUCACCUACGCAGGAUUUGCUGAGGUCCCAUGUUCCAAGCUAUCUCAGUAUAUCACUUUGUAUAUGAAAAUGGCAUGAUAUAUUCAUGACUUAAUAUGAGUGGAAAUGCAGAACCUUGCCACUUAAGUCGGGUAACUUGCAUUCUGUGAAGUAGUUUGAGGGGCUGUAUAUGAAACACUGACAGCGAGGUGCACAGUGACAGUGAUGAUAUGCAUUGGGGAAGAAGUAGACAAUGUUACAUGAGACCUGAUACAAAAACGCUGACAGAUUAUAUAUAUAUAUAUUCUAAAAAUUCCUUGCUAACUGAAUAUCACACUGGAUAAACUAUAUCCAACUGCAUCAGAUACCGUGAAUGCUGCUCAGGGGCAAGAUGGAAGUUCCUGGGAUUCCAUCCUUACUGUAGAGAUGAGCUCUGAUGGGCUCUUGUAAGGAGAGGCGCGCACAGGAAUUGGUUUGAUGUUCAGCUUCCUUCAAAGCUGCUCUGCCACUACAGUUGGGAGAAAGUCAAAAGCCACAAGAAAAGAAAUUCUAAUUUAUUUAUUUUCUUUCCUCAGAUCAGUAUUGGCAUUUUUACAUAGUAUACCAUAACUUAGUUACUGCCUGUGCUGUCUGUAAGAAGUUGAGACUAAUGGAAAUCUAAAGGCUUAAUUUUUAAAAAAACCUAAGAGCAAAGCUAAAGAAAGAUGUUUAGUCCUGUUGCAAGUUAUUUUUCUGGGGUGACACUGACAGCUUUCUCACUUGUCUGAGGUUUGUUGUGGGAGCUUGAAAUGGUGUCGUUUUGGAGUUAUUUCCCAAUUUCACUGUAGAAAAGAGCAGCUCUAACAACUGUUUGCGAGAGAGGUUUUCUUCUCCCUGUCCAUAAAUCCUGGAACUGGAGACAGCCCGUGAAUUACUCUUAUUUUCCUGUUGCACACUGCUGACAAGUGCAGCUUCUUUCUCUCAUUUGUGUUUCUUAGCAAAAAUGGUGGCAGUUUAGCAAAGUAGCUCUGAAUGUGACUGUUGUAAGAGCCAAAUCCAUGCCGCUGGAGUAGCAAGAGCACUGUGCACAGUGUGGGGCUGCAGGAGGGCUGCAGAAGAACCUGGGGUAGCAGGCACAGUAAGAAAUGCAGCCUUGUCAAUGUCUCUCCCUGCUUUCCCACUGGCAUCUUGAGCUCUCAGAUGUGGGGCACAAACCUCGUGUUCUUUCCAUCUGGGACAACGUGCAGGGGAUCUCCCUGCUGAAGGGGAGAGUGGUGGCUGUGUGCCCCCACCCAGCGCUGUCAUCUAAUGCAGCCCGCUGAGUUGUGGCCCUGGAAGAGCAGGCAGCUCCUCUAUGGUGCUACACGUGUGGAAAAUCUGUCUCUGGCAGAAUGCUAAAUAAUUUCAGCAUAUUAAAAAUGGGACAGCUGUUGGUCUUCUGCAGCUUGGAAUAUGAUGCUGUACUCCUGAAACUGUUUUUCAGAAGUUAUCCAAAAAAGCCCACAGUACUCUCGCAUGUGUGCCAUUAAUUUUAACUGCUGGUGGUUCUCCAUACAAGUCAAACUUGUAAAAAGCAGCAGAAUUUGGUCCAAAAAACUGGCAACAUACGUUUAAAAGCUUUCUGCGUGUUUCAGAAAAAAUUACCCCUUAUAAAGGACUACCACAUUAGUUAACAUUAAUGAAUCUUAAAACUAAAUCGCAACUAUUUAUGUUAUGACAUGUAAAGCACUAACUUAAAUGCAGCCACUAUUUCCAAAGUGCAUUUAUUGGAUAAAAAGAAUCAUUUAACUUUUAAUGGAGGUCUUUUCUUCCCACCAGGUGGUGAGAAUGCAGAAAAGUCCAACGAGUAUCCAGAUGCUUUUUCUAAAAGAGCUUCUCCCAUAUGAUUGAUGGGAUAUAAACACAGGAGAUUCCAUUUUUGCAAGAGAGCAGUCUGGAUGUCCACCAGUCUAUUCUGGAAUAUUCCCAUUUUUUAGCAAGAGAAGCUUUUCUUAAACAGGCUACUAAAAAGGAACGUGGCUCUGUUUCAGAGUUGUCAAUGUACUUCAGUCCUCACUCUUGAGUCUCAAUACGUUCUGAUUGUGCUGCAAACUUCUGUAAAUUUAUUGAUAUGUAAAUAUGCUAAAUUUCUUUCUCUGAACUCAUUUAGCAAUGGGUAUUCAGUUAAGGACAGAAUGGUUUAUUUUCAUUUGGUUUAUAAUGCCAUUUGUCUCACAGGGCACAAAGUUGCCCCUUCUGCAGUAAUGUUUAUCUAGAUUGUCUUCUAGUUUUCUGCUGUCUUUCACCUCACAGGGCUACAUUUAGGUUCUGUACUGGAAACCAACCAAAUACAAUUCUUCACCUGGAAAAAAAAAAGUUUCCUGCCAGAUUGCAGGAGAGAUAUGUGUAAAGGGAAUGGCAUGGAGAGAGCAGCAAAAGAUUAAGUUCCUCAGCACAUUUUUUUUAAUACAAGAGCUAAAGGGAAUAAUGGAAAUGGUAAGUAGUAAGGUUUGAAACAAGUAUUUAUUCAGCUGGCUGUGCAACUCCUGCUGCAGGAUGUUGUACAUAAAGCUACGUGAAUCUAAAAGGUGACUGAAAAAUUCCUGAAAGGAAAAAACACACUCAGUUCUCUUUGAAAGUCGCUGAACCACAAACACGUGGUCUAAUUAGUCCUUAGACUUACUAUUCUUCAUCUCUGGGAGAGCUGGACUGAGUUGGCCUGUUGUAGAAGGGUAGCAGAGAGUGGUUUCCUGCUGCAAGACCUUUUAAAAACAGAGGAAAGGGUUUGUUCGGUCCGUAUGAAGGCUGCAUGUGAAUGACCUAAAGAACACAGAAUCAACCCACCUUGGGUUGGGUUGGGGCACAAAUGCUGAAAUAUCUGAAAAUGCUUCUAAAACAAAAGACAGCUUUCAGAACUUUUAAUAACAGAGAUUUUCCAGCUCAUUUGAAGAAGUGAAAAGGAGAGGGUGCGUUUUCUGUAGAGGGGAUUCUAAUUGAAGCUACGUGUUUCGUUAUGCUCUUACGCAAAUUAGAGCACUGAGGUGUGCCAUUCCUAAUGUUGUACAUUACUAGCACCUUUUUUCUGUUAAUUCAAAGUUUGUAAAGCAGAAGAGCUGUGAGGGAGGGUAAGACUGUUGGUAAGUUUUCUUUAAAUGCUCCUGUUAGUAAAAUUCUUUACAUACACUUAUGUACACUGCUCAGUCUUCAUUUUACAAGAAUGUCUUUUAUGUAUUUCAUUAUCUUAGGCCUUUUUAUUGAAUCAAAGCACGAAUACAAUCUCCAACAAAAAAAAAAACUCACAAAUUUGUUCUCCAGUGUGGCUUCAACUGUGUGUUUAGUAGAGUCCCUCACCUGUAUGUGGCAACACAAAUGCCCUAGAGCUGUUAGAAAACACGGAGAUGGAAAGCCACUAAUGCUCUUCCUAAAGCACUGCAAAAGACUGUUUGUAGUUCAAGUCUUAAACUGUUUGGAUAGGAAAUGCUUUUAAAAGUGUUUGCAAACCAGGAGAAAUAGUCUGUUAAAAACAAAAAUGCUGUGCCCUGCUCAUACUUAUCCCAACAAUUUUUUUUUACAUACCUCAAUAAACUGCUGCUUAACUUCUGUUUCUGUUCUAUAAAAUGCAGUGUUUUUUGUGUAAUGUUAAAUUCCUUUUUAUAUAUCUGAGAGGAAGCUUCUCACCAUUAAAAGCACUUACCAAAUCA